AUGACGUCUCUUCCUCACAUGGAACCCUCUUUUCAUUUUGUGAUCUUGUUGCUUUCUCUUAAGAAUGUUUGUGUAACAGUUGUUGGUGGAAACACUCACACGGUAUGUUUUGAGGAUGGAGACACACAAGCAACACUAGUAACCCUUCCUUUCCUCUUCCCAGGCUCUCUGGGGGAUGUGUCCCGCUAUGCCAAAGCCUUCACCGACAUGGCCGAGGUGGACUCUUACUUGUCUCUCAAUGUCAGCUCCUCCCUGUGCCUCACUGCCAGCGUCCUGCAGGCUUUCCCACAGCGUCCAGGUCAGCAGCGCACCGUGGUCAACAUCACGUCACUGUGCGCUCUGCAGCCUUUCCGCUCCUGGGUGCUGUACUGCACCAGCAAAGCUGCCCGAGAGAUGAUGUUCAGGGUGCUGGCUGAAGAGGAGCCGGACCUCCGGGUGCUCAGCUACUCCCCAGGGCCUCUGGACACAGACAUGCAGAUGUUGGCCAGAUCCAGAACAGCUGAUCCCAGCAUCAGGAAGUCUUUUUCAGACAUGUCCGCUCAGGGCCAGCUGCUCACCUGUGAGGCGUCCUGUGCCAAGCUGAUGAAGCUCCUUCUGGAAGACAACUACACGACGGGAGCUCACGUUGACGUCUAUGACGUCUAGACACAGCAUGAGUGCUUACAGAUUAUUUCUAUGUGUGCCUUGAUUUUGAUUGAAACUCUACUGAUUUAUAUCUGCCACUUACCUCUUAUGCUACAGUUCUAUGUGGAGAACUUCACUGUCAGUCUUACUUCUGUAGGGUAUAGCCUUCAAUUUUGACAUGGACCAAUAUGACAGCCUGAAUACCAAACUGAUGUUCAUCAAAUGUACGUUCAAAACAUUCCAGGACAGAAAUUCACUCUCCACGCGGCCAGCAUUCUCUGAGCACCGGCAUCUUCUUUCAGCUGUCUUUAAUGAGGAGAGAGAAGCUGCGGCUGCAUAGAGAAAA